ACCGUUAUAGUUUUAGUGUAUAGAAACUAGAGAGAGAUCAGAUAACUAACCAUCUCAUCGUUUCUUUUUGUCUCCACUGUUUUGGGGGUAAAUGCCAACUGCAUCGCUAAUUAUACACUAUCGCACCAUGAUAUUCACAAAUUUAUACGUCGGUGUUAGUACGCCGGUGCAUCAUCCUUCUUCUAACCGUUACGGCGGCAUCGCCGGUGGUACGCGUCCUUCUCCACCGCUUACUAUAAGAUGUUGCAGCAGCUCCGAUUCAAAUUCCGGCCGAGGUUUUGGACCGGCCGAGGCCUCAAUUGCAAAGGAUGGGGGUAAAAGUGCAGCGUCACGCCGGAGGAAAUCAGUACCACAGCAACCUGGUUCUAUACCUAAUCAGGCACCUGCAACAAAUUAUGGAAUGGACGGAACAUCCAAAAGCUUUACAUCCGAUCUUGAGUUUGAGGAAAAGCUUCAGGCAGUCAAAAGGUCGGCAUUGAACCAGAAAAAAGCCGAAGAGAAGAAUAUGUACGGAACAAUUGACUAUGAUGCUCCAGUUGCAUCAGAGCCUAACAAAAUUGGACUCGGUACUCAGAUUGGAGUAGGAGUUGCUGUUGUUGUUUUCGGGUUGGUGUUUGCUCUUGGAGAUUUUAGCCCUUCUGGAAGUGUCAAUUCGAAUAAAGAUGCCGUCAUAGAAAAGAAUACAUUGUCACCAGAAGAGAAAGAAACACUUCAGACACAGCUGCAACAAUAUGAAGCAACACUUAGCACCUCCCCAGAUGAUCUUGUUGCUCGUGAGGGAGCAGCUGUAACCUUAACAGAAUUAGGAGACUAUACCCGGGCAGUGUCCAUGCUUGAAGAUUUGACCAAGAUAAAACCUAGUGAUCCCGAGGUUUUCCGUUUACUUGGAGAAGUAAAGCUUGAGUUGAAGGACUAUGAAGGUAGUAUUGCUGCCUAUAGGACUUCCGCAAAGAUUUCAAAUAAAAUGGAUUUUCAAGUUCUGCGUGGUCUCACAAAUGCGUUGCUUGCUGCGAAGAAACCUGAUGAGGCUGUUAAGAUCCUUCUGGCAACUCGUGACGGUUUGGAAAGAGAGAAAUUAAAUCAAGAGAACAUUGGAGGUGGUAAUCGUCAAAUAGAUACAGAAUCUCAAUUGGACCCUAUUCAAGUUGAAUUGCUUCUUGGAAAAGCAUACUCAGACUGGGACCAUGUCAGUGAUGCCGUGUCUGUUUAUGACCGACUCAUCUCUAGCCACCCGAAUGAUUUCCGGGGUUACUUAGCAAAGGGAAUUAUCUUAAAAGCAAAUGGGAAAAUUGGAGAUGCAGAGAGGAUGUUUAUACAAGCUCGGUUCUUCUCUCCAGAGGGAGCCAAGGCGGUUGUAGAUCGUUACUCUAGACAAUAACCGUGACUUAAGGUCAUGGUUGUGGGAGGGCACAUUGUAAUUAGUACAACUGUUAUGAAAGUUUUGAUCUAGGGUUUGUAAUUGUCAAGAGUCACAUCAAAGUUGCCAUAUGUGCCUCAUAUGAAGCAUAAGGGCUUCAACUUCAACACGAAGCACCUGGUUAUAUAUCGGGUUACCAUGAUCAAUUUUUUUCUUGUCAUUUUAUGACGGGUCAUCUUAAAGUACUAGAUUGAAUGAAGUUGAUGUAUGAUACAUGCGGUAUUUGCUUUUUCUUUGCAAAUGAUUAAUGUAGUGCAUGACUUGCAAACUAA